UAAAUACGAGCGUUAUCUAGUAAAAUAGGGUGUCGUUUAGCUUGUCAAGAAGUCCCAACAAAAGGCGUGAAUCACAGUUCAAAGCUGCCUCUCCUCUAGUCCUCUGCACCACCUCUACCCGUCGACCGUCGACGAGCUGACCACCAUUUCUGCUAAGCCACAUAACACGUUCUUGCAUUCAUUAUGGACACUUCUCCUGCUGGGUUUCCUGUACCCCAUAAGAAGCUCACUACUGAUAUCAAGAAAAUCAAAACAGAUCUGGUCAUUUGUCGUUAUGAAGAUCAUUUCCUUGUAAUUGUGACUCAGCUUGGAAGUAUGGGAACGUUACUGCAAGCCAGAAAGGAGGAAGGUGUAUCAGUUCAACCUACAUUCAAUGUGUCUGUGAUAUUUGGUAAACGAGAUGAGCCAUUGCUUUCGGCUUGUGCUCGCCAGCUGAUUGAAAAUAUAAGUGCUGCUGGCUCGUCUAUGUCACUGGUGCUUUCUCUUGGUCUGAAGGACCAUUCUGUGGAUACAAUCAAGGCCAUAGUCUCUGUAGUGAUAGAAAAUCGAAUGUGGUGAUCUUCUUGAUCGAUGGAACAUCCUACUUACAGCAGUUUCAUCACUUUUCAUUGAACUGUGGUACAGCAUAGCUGGAUGCACUCAAGCAGCAGAGCAGACAUAUGCACUGCUUUCUCUAUGUCAAUCUUUCCUAAGAUUAUGUAUUUUCUAAUAUGCUCAAGAUUUUUAGAGAUAUAUAUUCUAUUUGCUCGUAUUAAACCGUUUUACACUUAUUAUGGCGCAUAGUUUUAGGUCAAAAGUAGUUGUUUGAUUCUCAAUUGUUUUUAUUAGAAAAGUAGAUCCGAUAAGAGAUAGUGGGGUAUUAUUUUAUUGAAAAAGUAGAUGUGAUAGAAGAUAGUGGGAUAUUUUUAUAAUAAAUGUGAAAUAGUAGGCCCUAACUUUUUUACCGAUGUAUA